AUGUCUGCGAAGCGCCCCCGGGCCCCUACGAACGGCGUCAAUUCGAGCGGCUUAGCCCGCGACAGUCGCAACAAGCGACCCCGCCAAUCUGAGCCUGAGAGUAGCGCAGGAUCUUCAGAUGACGAACGAUCCGAUGCGGCGAGCGACAGCGACGCUUCUGACCAAGAAGACGAACAAGCACGGAACGCCCAAGAAAUAUGGGCCACACAACAGGUGCAGAAGGAACGCCGGGAGACUGCCAACCGGCAAAAUAUCGCGACCGACUCGGGCAUCAUUGAAGAGAUCCAAUGCAUCAACUUCAUGUGCCACGAGCACUUGACAGUGACGCUGGGGCCGCUCAUCAACUUCAUCAUAGGGCACAACGGUAGCGGCAAGAGUGCCGUGUUGACUGCCCUUACAAUAUGUCUGGGUGGAAAGGCCACAGCAACGAACCGCGCACAGAAUCUCAAGAGCUUGAUUAAAGAAGGCAAGGACUACGCAUCUGUUACCGUCAAGAUCAAGAACCAAGGACCUCUUGCAUACAAGCCCGCACAGUAUGGCGACUCGAUCAUUGUCGAGCGACACUUCAACAGAUCCGGAACGUCAGGAUUUAAGCUCAAGGACAAGAACGGCAAGCUUGUUACGAAUAAGAAAGCCGAGCUUGAGGACAUCCUGGAUGCCUUCUCAAUGCAGAUCGACAAUCCAAUGAAUGUCUUAACGCAGGACAUGGCAAGGCAGUUCCUCAACCAUUCGACCCCAAAGGACAAAUACAAAUUCUUUCUUCAGGGCACGCAGCUAGAGAACUUGAACAGAGACUACCAGCAAAUCGAGCAGUCUUUGGAGGUAAUGAAUGCAAAAUCAGAUGUCAAGGAGACUGAUCUGAUUGUACUAAGACGCCAGAUGGAGGAGCUCGAAAAGAAGGCCCGCCGAGCUCAGCACCUUGAGUCUUUACGAGCCAAGGAAGUGAUUAUUGCGGGACAAGCUGCAUGGGCUCACGUCGAAGAAAAAGAGAAGGAGGUUGCGGAUGCAAUGGCCGGGGUCGAAGAAACCGAAGCCAAGAUCCUCGAACGGCAGGGCAAGGCAGACGAGGCAGCAGAACGCUAUGAGCGGGCUGACGAGGCCCACGAGGCCGCCAAGCAAAAGGUGACUGAUAUCACAGCUGAGAUGGAGCCUGCGAGUCAACUUGCAGACGAGGCAAAGGCAAAAUUUGAUGAUGUCAAGGGGAAACUCAAGCAACUACAAUCUGACGAACGGCAAGCGCGAAGCGAAAUGUCAGCGAAGAAGUUGGAGAUGAAGAAAUACGAAACACAGAUAGAGCAGCACCAGCAACGCCAGGCUGAAGCAGACAACGGACUAUAUGCCGAGAAGAUCCGUGAGCGUGACGAGGCCAAGUUCCAGUGCGACAGAGCUAGAGAGACGUACACAGGUCAUGACACUACUCGCCCACAACUGCAGGCCCAGCUUGAGGCAGCGAUGAAGGAGCAGUCAAUUGCCCGCCAAAAAGUUGACAAGGCGCGCGAAGAUGCGGCGCGUAUCCGAGGCGUCAUCUCUAAUCUAGAGGGAGGUCAGAGUAACUGGAUAGACGCGUACGCAAACGCCGGAAAACUCAAGGUUUUACUCAGUGCGAUCCAGUCGGAACGCAGAUUUCGCGAGCCACCAGUAGGGCCUAUCGGCCAUCACGUUAAAUUACUGAACUCCAAGUGGGGACGUAUCUUGGAAAAGCAAUUUGGUCAAAUGCUCAACGGCUUUGUCGUCACUAGCAAGCAGGAUCAAAGUACUCUGUCCACAUUGAUGAACAGAGCCGGCUGGCAUGCGCCUAUAUACAUUGGCAACCGGACUCGCAUUAAUACCGAGAAUAAUGAACCGGCCCGAGACCUCCUAACUUGGAUGAGAGUAUUGACAAUUGACAAUGACCUUGUCAGAAAUCAGCUCAUCAUCAACCAAUCAAUAGAGCAAACCAUACUGAUAGAAAGCAUGGCCGAAGCGUACAAGUUUAUGGAUCCCCGAUCGCGUCCACGGAACGUCAAGAUGUGCUUUACAUUCGCAGACGGUGACAAUCGAAAGGGCCGAGUGAUUAGUUUUAGUCCUAAUGGGGGAGUCAACAACAGUCCCAUUGACGAAUACAUGGGAAAUCUGCGUAUGCAAGUCGACCAAGAUGCGCAGAUUCGCGAGGAGCGAGCUCGUCUGGGUUCAGUUAUGCGAGAACUGCAAACGGUUGAAGAAACAGCAAGACAAGUGCAAGAGCAGGUCAAUGCUUGUAAGACGCGCGAACGUGACCAUGAGCGGGAGAAAAAGGCACUCAAAGUUGCACUGCAGCAUGCGACGGACAACUUGGAUCGGCUUGAGGGCGAGCUGAGCGAGGCCACGCCUGACGCCUCGGCCAUUGAGGUGGCGAGAGAAAUGCUGGACAAUGCGAAGGAGGAGUACCAACGUCUGGAGGGCCUUUUCGAGGACUUGCAGUUGCGCAAGCACCAGCUGAACGAGGAGAAUCAAAACAACAAGUGCAAGAUGGAGGAAGCGCAGAGGUCUGUCGAAGAGCUCAAAUUCCGACUGGAGAAAGCGCGAUCUACGGUGCGUAAAUUGCAGAGCACGCGCGAGGACGAGCUCAAGGAGAAGAACGAUGCUAUUGCCAGGGUUGCCAAGGCCAGAGCAGUCAGGCUCGAAUGGGAAGCCAACGCAGAAGAGUUACGGAGAGAACUGGAAGAAGUGAUUGAGGGUGCCAGGGGGGUUUGUCCGGAGCGGGUGCCUGUUCCGGCUGGAAAGAGCUCUGAUAUGCUCAGCCAGAUGUUGGCAAGGCUGGAGGCGACCAGAAAGGAAUCGGAAAAGGAUCUAGGUGGGUCGCAAGAUGAGCUGCUGCGAGCGGCGAAUGAAGCGAAGAGGAUGCACAAAGACGCAAUGCAGGAGUUUGAUAACAUCAAGGAGUUGCGCAACCAACUGAUUACGACGCUUAACAACCGGCGCAAUCGAUGGAAGCAAUUCAGAUCGGGCAUCUCGGUGCGGGCACGCGUCACGUUCAACUAUCUGCUGAGCGAGCGCAAAUUCAGAGGCACGUUGAGUAUCGACCAUCAAAAGGGACUGCUCGACAUUCACGUCCAACCGGACAUUAUGGAGCGGAGCGGAGAUGGUAGGCAGACAAAGACGCUGUCGGGAGGCGAGAAGUCGUACUCGACCGUGUGUCUGCUGCUGUCGCUGUGGGACGCGAUGGGCUCUCCGAUCCGGUGUUUGGACGAAUUCGAUGUGUUCAUGGACAGCGUGAAUCGCGAGCGGAGCAUGCACAUGAUCAUUCAAGCGGCGCGGCGCUCGAUUGGGCGGCAGUUCAUCUUCAUUACUCCGCAGUCGAUGAGCAGCGUCAGCCAGACGUCGGACGUCAAGAUCAUCAAGAUGACGGAUCCGGAGCGAGGCCAGACGGCGUUGAAUGUCCGGCGGGGGUGAGUGGUGAGGGACGGACGUGUGUGCAUGUUGGCGGGGAUGGCGUGGUUUUGCUGGCGGACAUGGCCGUGGGGCGUGUGUAUCAGCUGAGGGGCUGUCUUGGACACGGAGUUUGUGGAUGGCUAUACCCACUCGAAAGGGCGUUGGGCGGUUCUAUUUUGAUAUCGUGGUGUUUGUAUGCAGCAUGGUUGGUGGUGACCGGUCGCGGUACCCACUUGGCGCUGCAAGGAGCUCGACCGGUAGCAGCAACAUGCGCGUA